UUAAAAUUACGCAAAUUCUAUAUAAUAAUUUAAUAAUAUUAAAAGAGAAAAUUGUUAAGAAAAAUAAUCGAUAAAAAGUUAUAAAACUCAAUAACAGUUAAGACAAAUAAAAUAAAGAAAUAUUGCAACGCUGGCUCGAUUAUUGCAUGAAGAAGAAAAAAAUUACCAAAACGAAGGCUGGGCGAAAGAAAAAAAAAGCGAAGAAAAAGUUAAAGCAGUUUCAGCAAAACAAGCGACGGUAGCAGAGACGUUGACAGCCCUGAGCCUCAGUAGUAAUAAUAAUAGGAAUAAUCACAACAACAGCAACAAUUGCUAUCGUUGUGGCACCACAGUCAGGUGAACUUAUAAGUGUUAUAAAAAAGUGGCCGGUCCCAUUAUAUUACAACUAAAACAACAUAUGGAAGGGCUUUGAAAGAAAAGAAAGUGGAAGCAAAAUUCUCAGUUUGUUAAAGAUUGAGAAAAUUUUGUGGAUAUUUUUUUUAAUACAUUAAGGAGAAACAAAAAUCUUUUGGAAAACACAACUUUAACAAUUAAAAGUUGUUAAAAAGAAUUUUGUGGCGGAUAUUUGAUUAAGUUCAAAUUAAGCCGAGGUUUACAGCUAAAGGCCAUGUCCAAUGGUGACGAUGUGCUAGACAAUUGGGAAGAAAUUGAUGAAGCAGGGUUACAAAAUUUAAAAACCUCGUCAGCUUCUUCUGCAGCUACUGAAAGUAUAACAAAAAGUUUUCAUACUCAAUCUACUACAGCCAUAUCCACGUCUGCCUUAAUUUCAUCAACAACCACUACGUCUUCAACUAGACCCAUACAAAUGAAGUUGUUGCAACGUUCAACUAACUCUACUACUACUACUCAGGACUCGAAUACGACGUCCCAACAAACAACCAAAUCACCUUUGGAUGAUAUGGCGGCCAGUUUUCAACCCGUUAUGAUGGUUUUACACAAGCCGCAGGAUGAAUAUCAAUCUGCCAAUUAUACAGCACCCAUAGCUAAUCAAACGGUAAAAAUUCUUAGAAGGCCAACACAAUCUACGGAACCCCGUAAUAAUGGUAUUCGUCCCAAGCAGCCAAUAAAAACAUUGCAGCAAAGAGAACAAGAAUAUGCCGAAGCAAGACUUAGAAUAUUGGGUUCAGCUAAGAAUCCGGAAGAUGAUGAACAAAAAGCUACAACAGCUACCACAACAUCGGUAACCAGCAAUAGCACUAAUUCAACACCAACCACUCCUACUGUAACUGCAGCAGCACUAAGCAAUAACACUUUAACGAAUAUAAUGGUUACAACAAAAAUCAAUACGCCAAAAACAACAGGUGCUGCAAAUCAAUAUAACAAUCACUACAAUCAACAAUUACAACAACAACAACAGCAGCAACAACAACAACAAUAUCAACAAAAUUUUCAUCAACAGCAGCAACAGCAACAAAAUUAUUAUUACAAUCAGCAGCAGCAGCAACCACAACAGCCACAAUCACCUGCCUACAACAACAAUCGCACAUACAAUAUGAAUCCCUUGUUGGGUUUAGGUCCUAUGGGUGCUAUAGGUCAACCAGCCCAAUAUCAGGCUGCACCACAAACUCCCCAACAGCAGCAGCAACAUUUGAAAUAUCAACAAUAUCAUCAAAAAUCACCACAACAGCAACAUAAAGUCCAACAACAGCAGCAGCAACAGCAACAAACUUGGUCUCCAGUUGUGGGUGGCAGUGUUUCUUCUACGUCUUUAAGACAGCCACAAAAUGAAACGAUAUUACGUUUGCCUCGGGGUCCAGAUGGUACUACUGGUUUUCAAAUGCGUCGGUAACGCGUUGUCAACAGCUGUAACAAUGCCAACACCAACUAUCCAUCAUUGCUAAAUUAAAACGAAAAAAAAACUGUAAUAUUUCUAUGUUUCUUGUUAAUGCUGCCGCGUUUUUAGUUUCUUUUUUCACUCGAAACAUUUUUUCGAUUUAUUUUUUCACUAAAAAGAACUUCUUUCUAAUCGUUUAAGUUAAGUUUAUUGGUAGUCAUCUAAUAACAAAGAUUUUUACUUUUUCUAUUUUUUAACUUCUUAAAUUUAAGUUGUCUGCUAUAACUUUUUCUUUUUUCCCUUAUUCUUUACUUAAUUGAUUUAACUUUAUUGCUAUUUUGUUUUUCUU